UUCCUUCAUCAAAGGCAGUUUCACGCUUCCUCUCUCUCUCUCUCUCUCUUUUCUUGUUUGUCUCUCUAAAGGUCUCCAGUGUCUUCCAACACAUCUCAAAAGCUGCACAGUGACUGUUGCCUGAAACCCCGCACUCUACAGGUUUAGGGUUUGCGCUCCAAAUUGAACCAAUAUUCGAUUUCGAACCCCCGCAUUCCCAUUAUUUACGCCACCUUCCCUUCCUCUUUUUCCAGCCUCCUCUCCCCGAACAGCACUCUGCCGCGCGCGCUUCCGCAAUCCGAUCGCGGAGGGCGAAUGGCAUUUCCAGUAAAUAAGCUGGAAGAGUGAGGGCGGUUGUUCUGGAUGGGCAUGGUGAAGGCGUGGCGGUUCAGCUGGACUCCGGCGACAGCGAAGCUGGCUCUGUUACAGCAGCACCACCAGAACGGCUUCAACAAUGGCGGCGAGAAGAAGCACGUGCUGAGCUUGAGAUCACCCGCCCCGGCCCCCGCCAUCGCCAUCGCCACCAAAAUGACGCCGUCGCUGUCGCAGAAGGAGAGGAAGCAGACGGUGAUGUCGUGGUCGUGGUCGCUGGUGUGUGGGCUGAUGCUGUUUGGGCUGGGCCUGAUUUCGCUCUUCACCGGUCACGUGGCAUCUGAUCUCGAGUGGUACUCCCAGCGCUUGGUCAUGAACACUUCAUUAAGUUCAUUCUACACAAAGCGGAAUGGAAAUGGUCGUGAGGCAAUUGAUGUUUGGAAGUCCAGCUACUCGAAAUUCUACUCCGGGUGCAGUCAAAGAGGGCCUCGCUAUGCUCCGGCUGUGAAAGAGCGAUCGUCAAAUGGGUAUUUGCUGAUUGCAACAAGUGGGGGGUUGAACCAACAAAGAACAGGAAUAACAGAUGCAGUCGUGGUUGCCCGGAUUCUUAACGCUACCUUAGUUGUACCCGAGCUGGAUCAUCAUUCCUAUUGGAAGGAUGACAGUGACUUUAUCCACAUUUUUGAUGUCGAUUGGUUCAUGUCUUAUCUUGCAAAAGAUGUGACGAUUGUCCGGAGAGUUCCUGAGAAAGUCAUGCGGAGCAUGGAAAAGCCUCCAUAUACCAUGCGUGUGCCAAGGAAAUCUGAACCUGAAUAUUAUAUUGAACAAGUUUUGCCUAUACUCUUGAGGAGACGUGUUUUGCAAUUGACAAAGUUUGAUUAUAGACUUUCAAGUAACCUUGACGAUGAGCUGCAAAAGUUGCGUUGCCGUGUUAAUUAUCAUGCACUUAAAUUUACAAAAUCUAUACAUGAACUCGGUCAGAAACUUGUUAUGAGAAUGCGAAAGAUGGCAAAACGUUUCAUUGCUGUUCACUUGAGGUUUGAACCUGAUAUGCUAGCAUUUUCUGGGUGUUAUUAUGGCGGGGGUGAUAAAGAGAGAGAUGAGUUUGCUGAAAUAAGGAAACGAUGGGCGACAUUACCUGAUUUAAGCGCCGAGGAAGAGCGAAAGCGAGGAAAAUGUCCACUGACUCCGUAUGAAGUGGGUUUGAUGCUGCGUGCACUUGGUUUUGCAAAUGACACGUAUCUCUACAUUGCUUCUGGAGAAAUAUAUGGUGGGGAAGAGACUUUGAGACCACUAAGAGAGCUCUUCCCAAAUUUUUACACAAAGGAGAUGCUUGCUAGUGAGGAGCUGAAACCUUUUCUUCCAUUCUCCUCCCGUCUUGCUGCAAUUGACUACAUUGUCUCUGACGAAAGUGAUGUAUUUGUCACUAAUAAUAACGGGAAUAUGGCCAAGAUUCUCGCAGGUCGAAGGAGGUAUAUGGGUCACAAGCGGACCAUCAGGCCAAAUGCUAAGAGGCUUAGUGCUUUGUUCAUGGCUAGGCAUCAGAUGAAUUGGGAAACAUUUUCAAAAAAAGUAAAGUCAUGCCAAAAAGGAUUCAUGGGUGACCCUGACGAGGUGAAACCUGGUCGGGGUGAAUUCCAUGAAUUUCCACAGGCUUGCAUCUGCCAGAAACCAUUCAAAGAUAUUGAAAAGAGCAACGACAGAGAUCAUCACGCGGCAGGAAAAACGAAAAGUACAUAUAAUGUAGAGAAACCAGGUGAGAAGGCUUUACAAAUUUCAAUCAAGAGGAACAUGGGAAAAGAGCGCUUAUCUUUAGGAGAUGACGAAAAGGAUGAAGUUUUCCCAGACUAAAGGGACGAAGAAAGGAAGCAGGCUAAAAGGAGACCAACUAGGUGGUGGUUGGACGGAUCUCUCAUCUAAACUGAUCGGCUAUGGUGGUGACUUGCCUCUUACUAUGGCAAUUUUUUCAUCUUGCCAGCCCCAAAUUUCAUGCACGGGGUGACGCCAUUACACAGGUUAUAUCUGGUUGCUGUUCUAUCUCCGUCGUGAAUGAAUGUAUUCAAUCCAUGUACAGGAGAGAGUUUCACCGAGCUGCAAUUGUUUAUAAAUUAGUUUUGCUAGUAAAUAACUCUAGCCGGGGCAGAAACCCAUCGCUUGCCAGGUUCUGUUGCAUUAACAAAGUUCCCCGAAUGUUUUCUUCUCUUUUAUUCCCCCACUUUCUGGGUUCCAAGUUUCGGUAACGAGUGUAAACAGGUUGAUUUAUAGCUUCAAUAUCCUCUAGUUUCUUUCA